AUGGCCAAGCACGCUCCAGUGACUCUAGGUGUCUUGGGUCGAUAUUAUUCGGCCCGGCAUAUCUUGGGACAAUACCGCUCAGCAUGUGUAACGGCAACGUACAACAUAUCGCUCCCGAAUGACUCAUUGUUGAACGAACUUGAUAAUGCACUCGAGUAUUCUCUACAAGCCACUAUUCGACAGCAUUCCGGUUUACGCUAUGGAAUUUGCGACGCGAAAGAGGCUGGUGUCCCGCUGUUUAGACAGAUCCGCGCAUUCGACCGCGAGGAUGUUUUGAAGGUCAUCGAUGGCCAAGAUGUUAAUGGUAACGAUGGAAAGGAUGGGGGUAAGACUGAAGAUACUCUAUCAAAAGUACUUGAGAACGGACAUUCAGAACUCUGGCUCGAAAACAAACCAGCGUGGAAAGUUGUUAUUAUGAAGCAUACCAGCAACUACGCGUCUGGACCCUCUAUCACGCUACACAUUGCCUUCUUUGCACAUCACGCUAUUUCUGAUGGGUUAAGCGGCGUUGCUUUCCAUGCAUCGUUGAUGAGCAAUUUCAAACUCGACACGCCCGUGCCCGCAAAAUGGCCCCUGGAGUUGAACGAGGUACAAGACCCUCCACCGACAAUCGAAGAACGCGUGGGCUGCCUCUCCUGUAACUGCACUACCUGCACAACUCCAGACAAAUCUGAUGAGCCAGUUUGGGGGGGAGGCCCUAUACCUUCGGCACCGACGGUCAACUUCGAAUCUCGUGUUCGGAUAGUGACAGUCCCAGCAGCACCGUUUUCUGCCCUGCUUAGAAAGUGCAAAAAGGCCAACGUCACAGUUACCGGACUUCUUCACGCUAUCAUAUGCGCAUCACUAAAUGCUUCUAUCAAGGAAAAUAUCCCUGGAUUUCGGACCGUUACGCCCUUUUCGGCGCGGCGACAUACUGGAGCCUCUGACGGAGACAUUGUGAACCAUAUCUCUUAUCUGACGAGCUAUGUAUCUCGAGAGGACUUGCAGAAGCUCAGAGACUAUCACCGUGGCUCUGACACAGAGGAGCAGCUUAUUAUAGACCUUGCGCGCCGCUUCAGCAACGAAGUAGCCAGAAAAGUCAAGGAGUUCCCGCACGGCAGUAUGGUUACCAAACUCAGCCAAGUCUCUGAUGUUCUACGGGAAUGUCAACACCAAAGCGGUACUGAGAGACGAUACACGUAUGAGCUUUCUAAUCUGGGUUCAGUCUCAAGCAUAUGUCCGCCAGAAGGGAGCGGUAUCAAGCUUGAGAGAUUGGUCUUCACGCAAUGCGGUUUUGUUGCUGGUCCCGCGUUGGGUUUCAACUGUGUAAGCACCAGGAGAGGGGAUUUCAGUAUCAGCAUUACUUGGCAGAAGGGCAUUGUUGAAGAAUCUAUCGUGGAAGACAUUACUCGAGAACUAGACACACGGCUUAAGACUUUUCAGUAAUCCCACAAACUCCUUGACCU